GCCUAUUCCGCCCCGUCUACCAAGCUUUUUCCGCCCCUGGGCACUGUGACCGCUGGCGGGAGCAGUAGCUCGAAAUGUAGUUCGCUCAAGAACUACACCUUGAAGACGGCUCCAAAUGAACGACUUCCGGUAGGAGGACUUGUAACCCACCGAAGCCGCAAAAUUCAUAGGGUAACCGGAACGAAAGCGAUGAAAACAGGUAUUAGAAGCUCCGGGAACAUGAUGGGGUCCUUGUCGAGCUCGAGGAGAUGGAGUAGUUCUGCGAUAAGUAAGAACAACACCAAGGUCACUCUGCCUGUGAACGGGUCCUCGUUGGCCGGCAACUUCUACAGCAAACGGCUACAACCCAUUUAUUCACGCAGAGGUACAAGAACUGCAGGAAAAAUGCCGCAGAAGCAGCGACAGUUCUCUUCAUCGUCCAGUGCUGCACCGAUGCCGACAGGAGGCGCAGGAGCAGAUGCAGAUUCUCAUGCACAGCAGCAAGAAGUAGAACUCCCAACAGCAGCUACCGUGCCUCCGCUGGUGCUCUACCAGCAGCAGGAAGCACAUGUGCACGAGCACGACCACGAGGACCACGGCGACUACAUCUUGAAGACGGUAUCCUGA